AAACAUAAUCGAAUAAAACGGCAGUAAAAUAGGAAAGUGACCACAGCAUACCCAAAAACAUUUUCACCUUAAUCUUCGAUUUAACUCUCAAACAAAUUGAUUUCCAUUUGCUUUCCUGUUUUUUUCUUUUUUUUAAUUUAAAGCCGUACGCCUUUUCUCUUCGUCGAUUCGUUUUCUCGCUCGCUUCCCAAAGAUGUCAGAAACACCCUUCUAUCCCCGAGAAAAGCUUGUCGAGAAGCAAAAGUAUUUCCAGAGUGUUCACAAGUAUACACACCUGAAAGGUCCCGUAGACAAGAUUACCUCAGUUGCCAUUCCACUUGCUUUGGCAGCUUCAGCUACGUUCAUGAUUGCCAGGGGGAUCUACAAUAUGUCUCAUGGCAUUGGCAAGAAGGAAUAAAAUGGUGGCUUCUGCGCGAUCAUUCCUAGGGAAACUCAAGCAUAGAAGAGAUUGUUCGUGUUUUUUCACUUUGAAAUUUUUUGAUGUUCUGAAGCUAAUAAUUGGUUAGAUGCAGACAAUGCAGCCUACAGAGAUAUCGUUGGCCUAUAUCCAAUACAUUGCUUUUCUGUUUUGGGAUUUACCGCGUCCAUUGAAUUGACGCAGUUCAUCUAUUGACUGCCAUUAUUUGAAACAUUGCUCAAAUUCUUUAUGAAAUGCUACUGUUUAACAA